GCUUCAAAUACAAGGCAAAUGUGACCGUGUAUACUACCGGAGAAUUAUUGUUAAAUUCACUUAAAUCUCUUAAAAGUAAUAUAACUAUGACAUUACUCUUUCACACAAUGGCAAAUAUUAUACAUAGUGAUGAGCUAGGAGUCAACGAGAUAUUAUCUAUGAAACAAUCCGGAGUUGGAUUUCAACCACAAGCACAAAUCGAAUCAGAACCAAUACGAAUUCAAUCAGCAUUGACAAUGACAAGGUUUUCAAAAGGUCAAAAUUAUUUAAAAAUGUCUACCGGGAAAACAAUAGAGUUGCAAAUAUCCGGGAGUGACAUAAUAUACGCCCUUAAUAUGAUGAUCCAGGAUAUUCCCUCUGGACAACAAACCUUUUUUUGA